CACCAAAAAAAACAAAAACAAACAAAACAAAACAAAACAAAAGACCCAAACAGCACAGUAGGGAUGAGCAGUCUGUUAUCACUAAGCAUCCAUGACACCAUUAGGUAUGGAUGACUACUCAUGCUCUGGUCUCGAUUUUAUCAUCUUGUUCUUUCAUGAUCAACAGAAACUUUCAAUAUCCUAUAAUAAGCCAGGGUUUUACAUGGAUGGCCACCUAUUUCCUUACAGUGGGAUUGAUAUGCUAAUGUCACAGGGUUCAGAAGGUCUACAAAUCCUAGCGCUUAGUUAGCUUUGGAAAAAGCACAGAAGGCUCUUUACUGCAAUUCUAGUCUAUCCAUUAUCUUUCUCCUGAACCGUGGAUUGCACAUGCAAGCCCUAGCUAAGUCUCGGGUAGAUAGGAGCACUGCUUCCAUAUCUGUUACAAUGUUAUUACAAAGUAUAAGUGUCUUUGAAAAAGUCCAGAACAUGUGACUGGGGCAAAAAUAUACUUGCAGGUUGGGUGUCACAAAAAAACACAUCCCUUGCUUUCUUGAGGGAUAUCAUAACUGCUUCCUGUGUCACACGACAAAUAUGGCUGGGUGCAGUGGAGCUGAAGGCAGUCUUGUUUCCUUCUGCAGUGGGGUACCUUUUUGAGGAGUGUGCCUGUGUCAGUAGAGCUUCCUACCCAGGGGCCAGCCUAGGCCUCAACUUAUCCCAGGAGUGUUUGUGGACUAUUUGAAAGCAGAACUCCAGAGAUCACUUUCUAGGACAACACCUUUGUCCAUCUUGACUUGAUUACAGGUCCAAUUGGCUGUUUGGCACUCCAGUGGUGAUUAUAAUAAUAAUAGACUACUAGUAUAGACAUUUUGUGAGGUUAACCAACAUCACCAAAAAGUUUUAUAGUCCUGCUAGACUCUAGACUCACUGUGUACUUGAUUGCAACACCUGUCUGAGGCAUGGAAUCUGUGUCAAUCCCUGCGCUCGUUGCUGGACUUAUUGAUUGUGUAGCCCAGCUAAUAAGAAUAGCUGAGGAACUAUUACAGUUCAUCUCGCAGGAGCAAGCUCCUUCUGUGCAGCCGAAUCCUAGAGCAGAAGAGGCAGAAGCAGUCGCACUUCCUCCUGAGGAAGAUUCCCUACCGGAUCUUGCGGAUCUUUCCGACUUAGAAUCCAUCCUUUCAGUAAAAGAAGAUGAAGACCUCAUCCUUGACAUGGAUGAAGCUAUGAUAGAUAUCAACGAGAUAUAUGAGGAUAUACUUCCUGCGAUAAAGGAUGAUACAGAAAGUGAGUGAGAGCCAGCGUGUGAAAUUUAUCAUUUUUCCAUUUCUUUUUUCUAAGCUUCAGAAAUAGCUGUUUUAUUCUAGUUCUGCAUAGUUUCAUCAUUAAAAACUUUUAGAUUAGGUAAACCUUGAUUCCUUUAUGACAAAAUGAAUAUUUCUAAGUUUUAGCCAAAAGACUGGCUUUAGUUAAAUAGUUCUUGCUUUACUUGUACUAUUAGGAUUCUUCAUGAUAAGACCAAAUAAUAUCAAAGAGAAGAAUCUACCUAAGAAUAGAAUGAAGAACUGAUGAACCCGACCAGUACUCACCCCCAGUGUCACUGCUCUGCGAUAAAUAGAAAUUCUGAGGGUAGUGCUCCCCAGAAUGGUAUUACAGUGAGUAUUUUCUCACAGACACUGCGACAUUGGCACAUUGUAUCUUACAGAGGGAGGUUUUUUUAUGGCAGAGUAAGUAAAUCAUUCUGGGACUGUAGUGUCUACCAGGCAAUAGAAGUCUAGAAAGCUUUUUCCAGAUUUCCAUGGGCCAAACUUUUGAGAAUUCUAGUGUCAAGAUAUUGAAUGAAAGACUGCUGAUGCACUCCAAUCCACACAUGCUGAUGUGUGAUGAAACUCUCUUACAAUAUUGUGCUCUGAUGGACUGUUGAAGCUGGCACCAAAAAGCAAAGGAAGAAGUUCUAGAAUGGCAAGGCAGGGACUAUCAAAGACUUCGUCAAUGGAAAUCAGUGAUUAAAUCAUCAGCCUGGAGAUAAUGGUCUACAAGGGGAAGUAGACAGUGUGCAUCUUCUUGUGUGUAACUGACUUUAAGACAAAUACUUGGGAGGCUUACUGUGGUAGGACUGUUACAACCUUAACCUAGCAAUGUGUGUUAUUAAGAGGUAAAAAUAUAAAUGAGAUGUAGACUUGUAUUGAAGCACAAUAACCCUCCACAUGUCAGGAGGGUGAAAUAUGGUAUUUGAAGCACCCCACACUGAAAACAGAGAUCAACUAAAUAAGUGUGCAAGAAAUUUACCUAUUAUACCAACUUAUGCCAUCCAAUCCUUUUACUUCUAUGGACAGGCAGGAUAGCCUUCUUACCAAUUUAUGAAAAAUCCUAAAAUACAUCAUAGUUAAAAAGAUUAAUAGGGCAUUUAAUACAGAUGAUUUCAGAGCCAACUAACAUGGCAGAUACAUGACAAAAAUACACAGAACAAAUGAAAAUUAUGCCAAAAUAUGAUUAGUGGGGUUAAUUGCAUAUUAUAGUAGGCAGUAUACUGUAACACCUUGCUACAAUAACUUUAAUGAGCAGAUUGAAUCUUAUCGUCCCAGUUUAGAAAAGAUUCUAGGUACACAAGUACAGACAAAGAAGCAAAUAGGCGAUGCACUGAAAAUUAACCUAAUUUUGGUAAGGAGAUUGGAGAUCGCAAGAUUGGACAAAGCAAGAAGAAACAGUUUUCUUUUUCUAUGCCAGGAGGAAGUGUUAAUAAAUAAUUGUAAUUAUUAUAAUUAGUGGAACAGUUACAAUUAUUUCUCUCUUUCAUAAGAACACUUACCAACAGUAAUAACGGUAGACCUUCACGAAAGUUUAAAAAUAAUCUCCACUUUUAUAAGUAAGGACUUAGUAACAACUAGGGGAAAUCUAUACUGCCCCCAGGGAAAUUUGCAGUAUAGGAGAUGGGGUAUAAUUUUCUGUCAAAAUGACACUCAAAUUAUGAUUAACUGAACAAAAUCAGGAAAAAUAUCUGGAGAGAGAGAGGCCACCAGUCUACUAUAUAUUGGUGAGCACUUUACCUGAUAAACAAGCAUUGCUCUGCAAACAUGUAGACACACUCAAGUGUAGAUAGUAACCCAAGUACAAUAUGGGCUUUGUAAGGUUUCCACAAUAACUCAAUAAGACUUAACGUCAGAGAGCACGAACCACCGAUAAACUCAAAUAGGUCAUAAUAAGAGAAAUGUGUAAGUCUACGCUCGACAAAGCCUUAAACAAGUAAUGGACAGUAUUGUUCUUACCCAUCAGUAAAGGAAGAUGCUGCAAGUUCGUAUGUGGAUCUGCUUUGCCUGUUGCAUUUCAGUAUUUGCCUUGAUUGUGUAAUUAUGUGCACUUAAGAACUGUUAAGAUGCAACUCUAUCUCAAGACAUGGACUGUUGUAUUGAGUAUGUUUGCUCUAUGGAACUGGAUUAGAAAUAGACUUAAAAGUGACAAGGAACAAUCUUAGCAAUAAGAAAUCCCUUAAGAACAAGAGCUAGUGGGGAAGGUAUUUUCAGUAGAGAGAACAUUUUAAAUUGCUAACAGUUAACACUAACAGUUAACACAGUUGUUUGAGACGGGGUUACUUCCUCAGCGAGCUCGUUUACCUGUGCCCUAUGAAAAUUAGUCAACUGUAAGAUAUUGGUAGAAGUAACUAGUUGGUAAUUGACAUAGAUUGAGAAGAUAGUUAAAUUAAAAGGUGAAAUAGAAACCAUAUGCUUAUUGGAUGUCUCUGAGAUGUUGACUCUCCUUCAGAAGACUGAAGUGAAUAACUAGUUCAUUAUCCAAGUAGCCUCGUUUUGUAUCUUUGUGAGGUUACGGCCAAAGCCAGAUUUUGUACGGCAUAGAGAAAUAGGGAGGGAGCAAGGUUCUAUAUUCGGAGUACAACUUAAAGGUGUUAAAAUCAGGAAAGAUCGGCUGUUAAGUGACUCUGAAGUACACAGUACAAAUUGUCAUUCCGUAGCUGAGGUAUAGGAGCUGCUGACAGUAUAUACGUGCAUCUUUGCAUUUUUAUAUGUAACCAUUUCUUCAAAUUAUUAGGUUAUAAUCACUUAAGAUCUUUACUGACUAUUCUAAACCGCUUAACUUUUUUUUAAAAGAGAUUUUAGCUAAUAAACUCGAAUUUAAAAGCCAAA